CUGGUGCCAGCUCUGGGGACCCUGGGCUCCCGGCGGAAGCACACCCUCCCCGACCUGCCGUACGACUAUGGCGCCCUGGAGCCUCACAUCAGCGGCCAGAUCAUGCAGCUGCACCACAGCAAGCACCACGCGGCCUAUGUGAACAACCUGAACGCCACGGAGGAGAAGUACCAAGAGGCCCUGGCCAAGGGUGACGUCACAACUCAGGUAGCUCUUCAGCCUGCGCAGAAGUUCAACGGAGGAGGCCAUAUCAAUCAU